AUGUUGUAUCAGUUUCUGGAUUGGCAGAAAAACGGACUUUUUUCGUCGAUGACCGACUCGCAGAUUUUUCUCAUGUCGCUCUUGGCGGGGGACUGGAAGACCGCGAAGAGUUACGCGCUGACGUGGCCGCAGAUCUUGGGAGUGUUUUACUGGUACGUGGAAUCGCGGGAAUGUCCGCUGGAGAAAGUUCUGGGAAAUUUCCUGGAAGUGGUGGAAAAUUCAAGGAAAAUCGAGAGUGUUGCAGGGAGUGAAAAUGGGAAAGAAGGAAUAAUUGAGCUGAUGAAGCUGUUUGUGGCGAUGAGGGAAGGGAAAGAGACAUCGUUCAUGUCGGUUUUGAAUGAGCAGAAUUAUUCGAAGAAUUCGAUGGAAUACUUUAAUCCGCUGUUACUCACUCAGUUCCUGUCUGCCUGUCCGAUGCUCUUCGUUCCUCCAGACCUGCUUCCAAAACUCGUUUCACUACUCUCCGAUCAGCUUGAAUCGAGCGGAGAGUGGCAGCUCGCUUGCGCAGUGUGCAUGUUUCAUCCGUACGAACCGGUGCGCACGGAAUUAGUUCGCUUGAUCAUUUCCCGCCAUGUACACGAACCGUUCAACACCUUUGACUUUCAAAAUUUAUCCGAUUUCACGUCUUUUAUCCAGAGCAGCCCUUCCUUCCAAUUCUUAUUCCACACGUUACACAUCUCCUCCAAUCUCGUGUUUACCGAACUUGUUCAAUUUGCUCGCGCAAGCGACAACGUCAAACUCGAAAUCAUGUGUCAAUUUGCUUUAUCGAACUAUUCACGAGCUUUCGAUCUGCUCUUCCGUUACUACAUCCAGCCAGAACUUAUGGGUGAACGUCCUGACGACGUUGCAGCGAAUCUGCAGCUAUUUGAAGGGAACGAAGAGAAAGUGCAGCGAUGGGCGACAUUAGGUUUGGUGGUAACGCAAUAUUUGGAAUUCAUGGGGGAGUCGGAAAUUGUGACGUGUGACCGAGCGCUGGAGUUGCUCCAGCAAAUCGAAGACAUGAAAAAAGAGGAGGAUUUGUUUUCUGGAAAUGAGAUGAUUCGAUUGACGCAGGAAAUGAGCUAUCAAGUACUAAAUAAAACAAUAGAGAAUCUUGGAAAGACAAAGCGAGAUAUUUCCGUUCUGGAAAAGGUUGGCAUGAGAGUUAAUGCUCUGGGAAACUAUUACAUGAAGAAGUCUCGUUUGCAAGCGUCUCUAGAGGAAAUUUUAAGGUCUUGUUGCAUUGUUUGUGCAAAAACCUCUUGUGUUUGA